UGCCAUUCUCUCAGCGGCAUCUGGGGUUCCAGGCAGGCAGCAGCUGCAGGCUGACCUUGUAGCUUGGCGGAAUGGACUGGCCUCACAACUUGCUGUUCCUUCUUAUCAUUUCCAUCUUCCUGGGGCUGAGCCAGCCCAGGAGUCCCAAAGGAAAGAGGAAGGGGCAAGGGCGGUCUGGGCCCCUAGCCCCUGGCCCUCACCAGGUGCCACUGGACCUGGUGUCACGGGUGAAACCGUACGCUCGCAUGGAGGAGUACGAGAGGAACCUCGAGGAGAUGGUGGCCCAGCUGAGGAACAGCUCAGAGCUGGCCAAGAGGAAGUGUGAGGUCAACUUGCAGCUAUGGAUGUCCAACAAGAGGAGCCUGUCUCCCUGGGGCUACAGCAUCAACCACGACCCCAGCCGUAUCCCUGCGGACCUGCCGGAGGCACGGUGCCUGUGUCUGGGCUGUGUGAACCCCUUCACCAUGCAGGAGGACCGCAGCAUGGUGAGCGUACCGGUGUUCAGCCAGGUGCCAGUGCGCCGCCGCCUCUGCCCGCCACCACCACGCACAGGGCCCUGCCGCCAGCGCGCGGUCAUGGAGACCAUCGCCGUGGGCUGCACCUGCAUCUUCUGAACCACCUGGCCCAGAAGCUGGGCCAGCAGCCCAAGCCAUCCUCCCUGCACUCUUGUGCCAAGAAAGGCCUAUGAAAAGUAAAUGCUGACUUUUGAAAGCAA